UUUUUUUUUUUUUUUUGUGGAAGCGCACCAACCUCUCUCGCCUGUCUGAACACUAAGUCGACACAGACUCGAACAGCGACUCUGCGGGCGGGUGCAACUCACCUCAACAUGACGGCGCCAUCCACCUUGACCAUCAAUCUGCCGCCAACCUUUGUGAGCAGCUACUGGUCAGCUCCCUACAGGCUUGGCGUCAACUCGCUCUACACGGCUCUACAGCGCGGCAUAGACGAAGAUUCGACCAUUUUGGCGCUAGCCGAGCACCGCGCUUCGCUUGAGUACAACACGGCAGAAGCUCUUUCUGCCCCUUUCCCAUCGCCAAACCUUCCUUCAUCGCUCUUUCGCGGGGCAAGGGAGGAAGUCAAGCCCCACACUGCUCUUAGCCAUGCCAUUCGAGCGUUGGAGCUCGAAGCUACCACUGCCCAAGCCCAGGCACACGGUGCUGUUGCUCACGCGCUAGAGCGCAACAUAUUAACACCUUUUGGCAAAUGGAGCGACGAGCAUGUCAAGAGAGUGCGCUCAAGCUGGGAACACGUCAAUGCUACUGUCGAGCGUUUUGAAGCGCUGCAAGCAGAGGUUGAUCGGCUCCGCAGGAGUUAUGAGUCGAAGUGUCGCCAAGCAGACGAAGCGGAGGACGACGCCCGUUUUGCUGGUGGCUCCGUCUUGAGUCCACCGCCUUCUGCUACCGGACACGUCAAUCUUUCAUCGCAGCAAAGCACUGCAGCUUCCAACGCUUCGCCGGAGAAGGAUAUUAAAACAAGCUCAGAGCCUGAGCCCAUCGGUUUGGGCGGGGAGAAAGAUGUGCCUGAUGCCGCGUCGGCCGACCCAGAACGCUUGAAGCGUCGCGAGACGCUGCGCGAUCAAUUUGGCUUUAGACGCAAUCCAAGGAAGAAUGAGGAUGGCAAGGACGACAGGUACACGACGCUACCUCUCUCUCCCCGAUCAGCUUCUGCAACUCUGCCUCCCUCGAGCCCGACCUUUGAGAUCGGGAAUCGCUCGGUUAGCGGCGGCUCUGGGACCUUGACCCGCAGCGGUACCAUCACAUCCUCAUUAAGCGCAGCGAUUUCCCGUGCCACGGAAGCGCCUGCAUUUGCAACCAUUCGAGGAGCGCUCGGAGGGCUGAAUGAUCCAAGACACGUGCGCUUGCGCCGAGAUGCUGAAGCAGCCGAAGACCCUUACCGCACCGCGGUCCGCGAUCUUGAUCGUACGCGUCUUGGCCUUGAAGAAACGCUCAUGGAGCACUUUGGAUACGCUGAGCGCUGGGAAAACGAGCGCGCGCGGGCGGUUCGCACAGUGCUUCUCGCUUUUAAUGGCGCCUUCGACUCUCUGCUGCCGCAGAUGGAUGUGUCGCUCAAGCGUUUACGAACACUUGAAAACAAGAUCAUCCCUGCACAGGCCAUUGGCUCGCUGAUCUACAACACCCGCACAGGGCCCUUCUUGCCUCAGCCUGAAGUCUUUCACGGCUACUACAAUGGAGAGGCCAACUCCCUCGCAGGCUCCGGCAUCGCCACCUUUGGCAUGGACUUGGUUGCAUUCAGUCGGGCGGAGGCACUCGCCCACGAAGACUCUGAAGUUGAAGGCGAUGCCGGCGGGGCGUUGCGCGCUGGAGGCGGAAAGAAAGGAGCAUUGCCCGCGCUCCCCUUGGCAUUCUCUGCUCUUCUAGCAGCUCUCGACAGGGCAUAUGAUGACCCUGGUAGAUGGCCGGCUCCUUCAGCAAAUGAGGGCGAAGCAAAAGCAGGCACCCGCGAAACUGCCUUGCACGCUCACGAAGAGCGCCGGAAAGCCUGGCUUUACGACGUGCCUCUCGCUCAGUCGCAUGCUUGUCGGGAGGCCAUCAUUACGCACAUCACUCAAAGCCGUAAUCCUGGAGCUGAAGCAGGUGCAGGCCUAGAUAAUUUGCUGGCCAAAUUUGAUGCUCCUACCCUAGCUGCGACCGUCAAGAUCUGGGCUUUGGAACUCGCGGACAGCCUUGUCAGCAGGGAGGUGUGGGACCCCAUUAACAGCAUCUACGGAGCUGCUUCAGCUCAAGAGAGUGAAGCUGCAGCUGCAAAGGCGAGCAGUACUUCAGCGAAUGCGGCAACUGACGCUGAGACUACCACAAAAGAAGGAGGCCAGGGUCGAGAAGCCAGCGACCACACCACGACACCCACUCUAGACAAAGGCAAGGGGCGCGUGGGCCUUGAUCCUGCUCUCGAGGAACGAAUCCGUAAAGGUAUUCUGGAGGACCUUGGUGUCGUGCUCAACCGCCUGCCAAAGCUUCACCUCGUCUGUCUAGAUGCCCUGGUCGGGCAUCUGUCGCGCAUGAUUAAGAAGACGCCUACAAACGAAUCCAACGGGAUCUACCUCAACAAAUUGGGCCUUGCGCUUGGUCGAGUCGUUUUGAGACCGCCUCGUGAAAAUGCCGCCACGAUCCCUUCACGUGCGCCUACUCUUCUUGCAAUGGACCUCAUCGGGCACUAUGACGAGCUGUUACCUGCGCUGCUUGACCGCAAGACACAGGAAGGCGAAAGCGCUCUUGCUAAGCAGCGCAAGAUGCCAGUCCGAAAACGCACGAAGCCCAUAGAUGUCCGUCCUACACGUACUUCGCGUGGUCAGGGUAUCAUGGGGCCACGCGAGCCUGCGCCGCCAGUGCCAGCAUUGCCAGCAAAGGACCUCAAAACAGGCACUGGCGUGUCUGAGCUGCACCAGACCGCUAGCCCAGAAACAUCGCACAGCUCAAUCGGCACUGGAGGCUUAGCCUCGGCAGUGAGACCAUCGAUACAGACGUCUGAUGUAGCCAAGUCCGGACCGAACUCUGCUUCAGCGGAAGCGCCGACACCUCUUUCGGAACGUGUGCUCGGUGUCGUUGGAGCCGGUGUCACGCCUGCGACCAGCACAGAGUCGCUUGCCCCAUCUACGAUCACUCCCCGACCUGGAUCGGCGGCAACGUCUAGCGAUGGAGGUAGCGCAUAUGGUACUCCAACCUCAGAAGGACCUACACAGCCUGUCCACGUCAAGAGUGCCACUACCACCACUGUUGAGCCAUCUGCGGCGGCGGCGGCCGGUGCUGCUGCCUCGUCGAAUGUUGCGCGCUUGAGUCGUCAAUUUGGCAGCUUGGGCUCGGGAUCCAAUUCAACUGGUGCCAAUAAGGUGCGAGGUGCUCGCCCCAUGGGCUCUAGGCCGCCUGUAGCAGGCAGUGCGGCGACGCCUGCGACAAGCACUACUGCAGGCAAGCGGGAGUCUCGCGAUCUUGGACCAGACGGUGAAGGAUCGGCAAACAGACCACUCAGCGAGCGAAGGCGAUCUUGGAGCCGCACGAUGGAGCUCACCGACUCUGAUCUUGUGAGCGGCGACGAUGACAUCUAGAAUGAAUUCCCCCCCCCCCCCCCCCCUCUGCUCCUAUGACUUGCGCAUACCGACGUGGCCUGCAUUUCAAGAUGACGGCCGGCUCGCCUGGGCUUGACAAUGUAUCGUACGUCCGUCUCAAACAAGAAUC